AUGAGUUUUCAUUAUAAUAAAGUAAUUAAAAUUCAAAGUGAAGUGGAAGUUGGUAUUAAAUACUUUUACCAUGUGCAAAGAUGGACUCGAAGUGCUAUCGUUUGCGUACCUCUCGAAGUGGUUGCAAAGAUCUUUGCUGCGCCAACCCAAUUUUGA